UGAAAACUCAUAAAAGGGUCCCCACCAUUAAUUCAAGAUUUCUCGUCUCUAUCUGUUCCACCUUCAUACAUAUACAUAAACUCAACUCCAUUAUCCUUAUUUCUCUAAGUUAAAAUUAAAUUAAACCAUGGAGAUAAUUCCCAAUCUUCCUUAUGACAUGGGGCUCGAAUGUCUUAUCCGAAUUCCAUACAACAAUUUCUCGUCAGUUACAUCCGUUUGCCAAAAUUGGAAGUUACAAAUUGCACUUCCAGAAUUUUGGAGACAAAGAAAAGCUAUUGGCUUAACCCGCCAAGUAAUUUUAAUGGCCCAAGCCCGACUUGACCCGAAAAUAAAACUCGGGUCGUCAUUAAAGUACUCAGCUUUUCCACUUUAUGGGCUCACGCUUUAUGAACCGGACUCGGGUUAUUGGGCCGAAUUGCCAUUUCCGGGUACAUCCGACGGGUUGCCCAUGUUUUGCCAGCUCAUCGGAGUUGGGUUGAAUUUAGUGGUUAUGGGUGGUUGGAAUCCAAUUACUUGGGAACCUUCAAAGGAUGUUUUUGUUUAUAACUUUGUUUCUGCCACGUGGCGCCGUGGAGCUGAAAUGCCGGGUUGUCGGAGAUCUUUUUUCGGUUCCGGGUCGGAUUCUGAACGGACGGUGUAUAUUGCAGGUGGACAUGACGAGGAGAAGAACGCUUUAAAAUCGGCUAUGGCAUAUGACGUGUCAAGGGAUGAAUGGCUCCAAAUGCCUGACAUGGCAAGUGAACGGGACGAGUGUAAGUGCACUUUUUAUGAAGGCAAAUUCCACGUCAUCGGCGGAUAUGAAACGUGCAUGCAAGGUCGGUUCGGCACAAGCGCCGAGUCAUUUGAUGUUUCCACGUGGCAGUGGGACCAAGUCAAUGAACAUUUCUUUGAAUCUGCCACGUGUCCAAGAACUUGUGUUGAAGGUGGGGACGGUAAAUUGUACUUGUGCCGGGAUGGUGAUGUGCUGGCACUCGGGAAGUCGACGUGGCAAGUUGUGACAGCACUUCCAUUAGAACUUAAAAAUAUAGCCUUUGUGACAGCAUGGAGAGGUAAAAUAUUAAUGACUGGUUCUAUGGGAUUUAAUGAGCCCUACAACACUUAUGUUCUGGAUUUAGAGAGUUAUAAGUGGACUAAAAUGGAUACUCCGGUAAACUUUUCUGGCCAUGUUCAAUCUGGCUGCUGCCUGGAAAUGUAAAGAGUUUUAAAAGUGUUA